CACCACGGUAAGAGAGACUUGCUUUCCACUCCAGAUCUGAAGUGAAAAAGCCAUACAUUUCUUGUCCAUUCUUCCAAAUAAAAAGGGCAGAUUCUCCUUUUUCUCCCCUCCCCUUAUCUCUUUUUUCUUUGGAGAAUCAGGAUUUCUCCUCCUGCUUGGCCUUGCGUUUGGAAAUAAAACUUGGAUUUACGAGUAGGGAGUGGGUGAAAAAGGGAAAGAGGAGACCAAGACCACCGUAAGGUGGGGGAUAUUGUGAUCUCCCCGGUAGCUGCUGCGGGAUAAGAAGACUGAGACCAUGGGCUGCUAGUUUUAUUCAUAGCACUUCUCCAAUUCCCUCCUCUCUUUCCCCACACACUGCCUUUCUGAAUCCCCUCCCCCAGAUAGCAGCGCCCCAUGUGAGCCACCGAGAGCUUUCUCGGGGUGGGGGUGGGGGUAGGGGAAGAGAACUGAAAUCCCGGAGAAAAAAGACAGAGUUGGGACUGAGUGGAGGGGAGGAGGAGUUUGUUUUCAUGUUACACCGGGAUCACCCGCUGGCGGAGGGGAGUUUCGCCCCUAUGGGGUCCCUUCAGCCGGACUCAGGCAAUGGAAGCUUAAACGGAACUGAACCGGGUGGGGGAUCGCGGCAGACCCCUUAUUCAUUGCAGGUGACCCUGACCCUGGUUAGCUUGGCUGGGCUGCUCAUGCUGUUAACUGUGUUCGGCAACGUGCUGGUCAUCAUCGCAGUGUUCACCAGUCGAGCCCUCAAGGCACCCCAGAACCUGUUCUUAGUGUCUCUGGCCUCGGCUGACAUCCUUGUAGCCACGCUGGUCAUUCCCUUCUCACUGGCCAACGAGGUGAUGGGUUACUGGUACUUCGGCAAGGUGUGGUGUGAAAUCUAUCUGGCCCUAGAUGUGCUCUUCUGCACGUCCAGCAUUGUGCACCUGUGCGCCAUCAGCCUAGAUCGCUACUGGUCUAUCACUCAAGCGAUCGAGUACAACCUGAAGCGGACACCCAGACGUAUCAAGGCCAUCAUCUUCACUGUGUGGGUCAUCUCGGCUGUUAUUUCCUUCCCACCCCUCAUCUCCAUCGAGAAGAAGGGAGGUGGCAAGCAAGUGGAGCCCUUAUGUGAGAUCAACGAUCAAAAGUGGUACGUUAUCUCCUCCUGCAUCGGUUCUUUCUUUGCCCCCUGCCUCAUCAUGAUCCUAGUAUACGUACGUAUCUACCAGAUCGCCAAGCGUCGCACCAGGGUGCCGCCCAGCCGGCGCAGCGAAGGCAGCGAGGCUGCUGAGCGCCGUCCCAACGGGCUUCCAGACCGGGGAGGUGGGGAAGACCAACCUCUGCCUGCCAAGCUCAACGGGGCGGGAGAGCCAGUCCCAACCGAGAGGGAGGUGAACGGACUGGACUUGGAGGAAAGCUCCUCAUCAGAGCACCCGGAGCAGACGCCGGGCCCCACUGGUCCUCGAAAAGGGGAGCGGCCCCCCAGGGGAAAGAGCAAGACAAAAAUGAGCCAGGUGAAGCCUGGUGACAGCCUGCCCCGGAGAGGGGGCGAGGAAGAGCGGGGCGCCAAAGCGUCUCGCUGGCGAGGGCGCCAGAACCGCGAGAAGCGUUUCACCUUUGUGCUAGCCGUGGUCAUUGGGGUCUUUGUAGUCUGUUGGUUUCCCUUCUUCUUCACCUACACGCUCACCGCAGUCUGCUGCUCCGUCCCCCCCACCCUCUUCAAGUUCUUCUUCUGGUUUGGUUACUGCAACAGCUCACUCAAUCCGGUCAUCUAUACUAUUUUCAACCACGACUUCCGCCGGGCCUUCAAGAAAAUCCUCUGCCGAGUGGAUAGGAAGCGCAUCGUGUGAACUGAAGCUACUACCCCACACGCCUCCAUCCCCUCCACUCCUCAUUCACACCCUGCAGUGCUCCCAGCCCUUCCCAACCUCUUGCUGUCUCUUUCCACCCCAGGGAUCACCGGGAAGCUGGGAGGCAUUCUUGCUUUUAGGGACGAAGUCCUGUCUCAGUCCUUGGAAUAAAGACCGGGCAGAGAGAAAGAAAAUACUCCGACCCAGGGCAGAGCAAUAAAGCGGACUCGAGUAGGAGAAAGAUGAUACCAUGAGAACAGUACUUGCACAGGCGCCUGGCUCUGUGUAAAGAGACUCAUGACUAACCCAGAUGUGUAGGGCUCUACAACCAGUAAGACUCCUUCCUGCUUCCAAAACUUCCAAAAGGGAUGCUCUGCAAGCCCAGCUUGCCUUCCCAGGGGUGGAUAGCAUUAGUAUUCACUCAUUGUGAAGUUCCAGUUGGAAAAACCUCCUUUUCUCCAGUUCAUUUCUGGCCCCAAAUAAGGGCCUCCAGCUGACCUUCGGCUGCAUGCUACUCCAUAGAGCAGUAUUGUUUUCCAAAAGGUAUUUCCCAUUAACCCCAGGCCCAGACAUCAGAAGUUAGGCUCAAAUUGCACUUUGUGUUUGGGAAAAGAGAAAGUUGGAAUUCUUGCAAAGAAUUAAUGGGGCAGUCGAAGCCAGGCUUUUUGCCAGGGCUAAUUGCCCAUUUCCUUCAUGAUUGUAAAUCUGCACUCUUAAAAAUAGUAAAGAUGGGGUUACCUGUGUUGUGUUGUAACUGAUUGGUGUUGAUAUUGUUGUUUGAAUUCCUACUGCUGGACUCACCUGCCAGAAGGAAGCAUUAUCUCUCCUAGAGAGUAAAACCCUUUGGCAGUGUAAGGUGGUUGUUACUGAUUUUUUUGCUCCCUCCCUCCUUUUAAAGAUCCUCUAGUGUCUUCUUCACCAGCAACUGGUGAUUAUUCCUGUGGAUCUGGAUGUGGUUUGAUAUUUCCUGACAGGGAAACAUUUCUGUACAUUUUCCCUGUGCCUAUCAGCAUAAUUGCCUUUUCCUGUGUAAAUAUUACAGUAAUAAAUCAAGGCAGAGUUAAAGAAACUCCUUCUGACUUACCUUGAGCCUCUCUAUAUCAUAAUUAUUUCAUUCUCAGAACUGCAGCCUCAAAUUUUCACUUGAAAACAGGAUUCAUCACUCUUAUUUUUUUCACCAUGAAAGCAACUGCCUGAAGAAUAAAUAUGUUUAUAUAUAGUAUAUGGAAACCCUCACCAGUGGACACUGACUAAUAGGGAGGAGGGAGCACUUUAACUCCUGCCUUAAGAGACAGAGGGAUAGAAAUUAUGUGGGCAAAGAAACCUUGUUACAACCUGCCCAAGUUAAACAGUGUGAAGAGACAAUUGGUUCUGCCUGCCAAAUUGUAUAGUUAUUGACAAAAUAGUUUCUCAGCAUCAAAAGUGUUGUCCUUUUUCUUCUUUCCUUGAUCAGACCAUAUUGUUUAUAAACUCAGAAGGUGGGGUGUGAAGGUCUAAGACAAAUGUUUACAUCAGCAUUUAUACACAUGUUUUUCAAUAUUGAGUCUUCAAGGACUGCUACCAUAUUUCACCAAAUGGGGAAAACAAAGUCAUCAGAUGUUACUAAUAAUACAUAUUUUUAAAAAAAUAAAAGUUUACAGAUCAAAUGUGAAAUAAACUAAUUAAAUGUU